AUGGCGCCAAAAACACUUGCAGAACGGCUCGCGGAGCUGGAAGACCCUACACCUAAAGAUUUCGACCCCGAAGACUUGGAGCGCGCCGGGCCAGACAGUGACGAUGAAGGUGCCGAAGCUGCUGAUCCUAAUGCUGGACGAGAGCAUUACCAAGCUGUAGGAAAGGCGAGGCUUCGCAAGCAGGACCCAAUUAACCUCGGAAAACAAUAUGCCGGCUCGAAAAUCAGCCGAGACGCGCUUGAAGCGGAGAGUGAUGAUGACCCUUUCAGAGCACGAUCAAGCGACGAGGAGGAGGACAGUGAAGACGCGGAAGAGGAGGAUUCUGAGCUGGGAAGCGACGAGGACGAAGAUGCAUCUGAAGAAAGCGAAGAAGAGCGACCACGGAAAUCCAAGAGCUCCGCAAAGGAUGGCAAGCGGCAGACGAGGGAGUUAGAGGUUUCCUCGGACGAGGAGGACGGCGAGGGCAUGGAUACCGACGGGUCUGAAGAGAUUGAAGGAAGCGCGGACGAUUCGGAAGAUGGAUUCGACGAGGAUGACAUGGGCGGAGAAUUUUCCUCUGACGACGAUGACGAUGAUGAAGACGAGGACGAGGACGAGGACGAGGAAUCCGACAACCGAAAAGUGCGAUCUAAGGAAACCUCCAAAUCCGAUGACCGCGAGGAAUUGCGACGACUCAUGUCCUCCGACCAAAAAAAGAUCGCAGCCACCAUUUCCCAAGCCGCCAAAGCAGACGCUGCCAAGGGCAGAGCCGUCAAACAGCAGCGCGCAACUUUCGACGCCUUGCUCAACGCACGGAUCAAACUCCAAAAGGGCCUGACAGCGAUCAACCAGCUCUCCAUCACCGCAAAGGGGAGCGAGGAAACGCCCAACAUCGACGGCGAAGCCAUCAAGUCCGCCGAAUCCGCCGCACUUGCGCUUUGGUCCACCCUCGAAGACCUGCGCCUCGCUUUGGCAGACGCACAAACGCAGGACGAGUCCAAGAAACGCAAGCGACCUUCCGCAGUGUCCGUCGCGACAUCCACCGAUUCCCUCUGGAAGCGCAUGACCGACCUCGAGUCCGACGCCGUCGCCCACCGCCGCGCCGUGCUCGACAAGUGGUCCCUCAAGGUCCGUGGGUCCAGCGCCGCACUCCCCAACGCCCGAGGAAAACUCCUCGGCGCUAGCGCCAGUAGUCAACAAACCAUCACCGCCGUCAUCGACGCGCAGGUCGCUUCGGAGACGGGCGACCGCGCCGCCAAGCGCCGGAGAAAUUCCUCCGACGAGGGUCCCGAACCCGUCUACGACGACACCAUCUUCUACCAGUCCCUGCUCCGGGACCUCGUCGAGCAGCGCAUGUCGUCCUCUGACGCCAUCACGAACGGCAUCGACACCCUCCACCUCCAGCUGCCUUCCCGGCAAGGUAUCCACCCUAUUACCGGCAUGCGCAAGGACAAGGUCAAACGCGACGUGGACACCCGCGCCUCCAAGGGCCGAAAGAUGCGGUUCGAUGUCCACGAGAAGCUGCAGAACUUCAUGGCGCCUGAAGACCGCGGCUCGUGGACCACUACCGCUCGCGAGGAGUUCUUCGCCUCCCUGCUUGGAAAGACGGCAAGUGGGUUAUUGCGCGAAGGGGACGAUGAGGACGCCAGUGCUGCAGAGGAAAGUGAUGAGGAUCGUGAGGAGGUUGGAUUGCGGCUGUUCCGCAGCUAG